CAGGUGAAUUCAGUAUGGCAUCAGAAAAGACCCCAAAAAAAGAUCUGCUGGAGGCUGAGGAACAGCAGCAAGCGAGCGCUGUCAAUCGGGUGACCAGCUUGCCCUUGCUCAACUCUGCAUUCAACCUGGUCUCAUCUGCCUACAACUACACCAAGGAGACGCAUCCUUACCUCAGCGGCGUCUGCAAUGUGGCUGAGACUGUGGCUGCUGUUGCUGUAGGUAGCGUGGUUGGGGGGGCACAGCCCAUCCUGAACCAACUUGAGCCACAGAUUGCACUUGUAAAUGAAUAUGCCUGUAAAGGACUGGAUCAACUGGAGGAGAACUUGCCUUUUCUUCAACAGCCAGCAGAUAAGGUGAUCUCAGACACCAAGCAGCUGGUUUCCACCAAAGUGACAUCUGCUGUGGGUGCUGCCUGUGAGGCAAGAGAAGCAAUGGCUGAUAAAGUGACUGAAGCUGUGGACCUCACUAAAAAUGUGGUUGGGGACAGUGUCAAGCUGACUAGGUCAAUGGUCGCCUCCACUGUUAACAGUGCUGUGGAGGCUGCCCAGGGUGCCAAGGACCUUGUGACAAACAAGGUGACUGAAGCUGUGGACCUCAGUAAACACAUUGUGGAGGACAGUGUUGGACUGACCAAGUCUACAGUUGCUUCUACUAUCGUCAAUGCUGUGGAGGCUGCCCAGGGUGCCAAGGACCUUGUGACAAACAAGGUGACUGAAGCCAUGGACCUCAGCAAACAUAUUGUGGAGGACAGUGUUGGACUGACCAAGUCUACGGUUGCUUCUACUAUUGUCAAUGCUGUGGAGGCUGCCCAGGGUGCCAAGGACCUUGUGACAAACAAGGUGACAGCAGCAGUGGAUCUCACUAAACACAUUGUGGAGGACAGUGUUGGACUGACCAAGUCUGCAGUUGCUUCUACUAUUACUGCUGCUGUGGAGGCUGCCCAGGGUGCCAAGGACCUUGUGACCAACACAGUGACUGAAGCUGUGGACCGAACCAAAGGGGCUGUCCAGGAUGGUGUGGAGAAAACCAAAUCAGUGGUCACUUCCACAGUCACUACAGCGCUGGAUGCUGCGUAUGGCACCAUAACUAGCAAAAUAAAUACAGCCUUAGAGCAGAGCAGAGGGGCUAUCCAGGAGGGUGUGGAGAAGACGAACUCAGUGGUGACCAACAGCAUAAGCAAAGCCAAAGCAGUGAGCCAGGCGGUGGCGGGUGGUGUGGAAUCUGUCCUGGGUCUGUCAGAAGAUCUGGUGGAUCACUACCUCCCAAUGACCGAGGAGGAACUAGGUAAACUGGCCACCACUGUCGAGGGAUUUGGUGUGGCUUCUGUGGAGGAGCAGAAACAGCAACAGAGGUACUUUGUGCGUCUGGGUUCCCUCUCUAACAAAGUCCGCCACCGAGCCUACCAGCACUCCCUGAACAAACUGCAGCGCAUUAAGCAAAGCACCCAGGAUACACUCUCACGGCUACAGCUGGCAAUAAAACUGAUUGAAUCUGUGAAACAAGAGGUUGGCCAGAAGCUUCUAGAUGGGCAGGAGAAGCUCCAUCAGCUGUGGGUGGACUGGAGCCUGACCCAACCCAAAGGAAACCAAGUUAAAACUGCCUCCCAACCAGAGGUAGAGUCACGGACUCUAGCUAUGCUGCGUAUCAUCACCCAGCAGCUACAACCUGUUUAUGAGAAUCUGAAAGCCAGCAUCCAAGGCCUUCCCAGCAACAUUCAAGAAGCUGUGUAUCAGGCCACUCGAAGUAUCCACAAGCUCCAUAGAUCUUUUUCCAGUGCUGUGUCUUUCCAGGACCUCUCUAGCACCACCCUGACCCAGAGCCAGGACCAUGUGGCAGAAGCCCGACGGUCCCUAGAUGACUUGUUUGAGCAUGUAACUCAGAACACCCCUCUAAACUGGCUUGUGGGUCCCUUCAGGGCAAUAGCUAAAGUGUCACAGGAUAGCAGAAAGCAGAAGAAAGAUACGGUGACUGAUAUAAAAUCACCUGUAUUGGAAAAAGCUACAUCAUCAAAGGAGGUGGCUGAAACACCCGAAGAACCAAAGGGAGCAAACAGGAUCGUGGGGGAAAGGUGUGAAGAGAAGCUGGAAGAGAAGGUGGAGAAAGACACGGAGGUGGCACUGGCUGCAAAGGAGAUAAAAACAGAUACACCAGAGGAAGAUCUGUGAAAAAUUCUAGCUCUUCUGGCCAAGGCUCUCUGGCUAGAACAGCACUUCAUAUUUUAAUCAUGUGUCCAACUGCCAGUUGUGCCACGAGUGCCUCUUGUGCUCUCCCUGGCCCAGGCUGAGUUUAUAGUAAGAAGUAGUUUGCAAGGAGACUUGAUAACUGAGGUGGGGUGAUUCCAUAUUUUGAUUUAGGUUUGUUUUUUUUUUUUAAAUCAUGCUGCUGCACUAAAAGGGAAGAUGGGAACCUGUACUUCAGCCUUUUAAGUCAGCCCAGCUGUAUGUGUGAACGGCUAAUUUUUGCUGAAGUUGUGAGACACAAGCGGUCUCAAAUUUAUUUUUAAUGUUGGCUUUGUUUUUAACCCAAGCUGCAGAGAUCUCGAGAGGAUGAUGUGCUUGACUUUUGAUACUGUUUCCCUCCUACAAAUUUAAAAAAAUACAUCUUGCAGACAGGACUUCCUUUCUCUUGCUCUGUUUCCGGGGGAGCUCAGCGCUGUGGCAGACCAGGAACAGCAGGGGCAAGAGGCUGCUUCUCAAAGAAACUUCUCAGACACUUUCUUUCCUAGAGGAACACUUAGCAAGGUGGGAUUUUCUUUUAAGCGUGCCAGUUUGCAGUGGGAUUAUCUUUCCUAGUCAUGUAAAUGACUUCAGGGGUCUUCCAUUUGUGUCUAAGUAACUCCACACACAAAACCUUUCCCAGUCAGGAAGAAGCUGGCAAAUGAGGCAGCUUUUGCCAGGAGUUACUCUGCCACACUGAUAGGAUAAUCUGGUAUUAAAAUGGGGGAGAUAUUUAGGUUAUUUGCCCAGCAAGCACUGCUUUGUA